CACCCUCAAAUUUCAGAUUUCCCUCUGAAACUACUGAAGACAGAGGCCGACGGUUUCAAUAGCUUGUUUUGUCUCAUACUGAAGUUGUUUUGAAUAAAUAACUGUGCGGUGUUGUGCCAACCAUGUCGGAUACAUGGAGCAACAUCCAGGCGCAUAAAAAGCAGCUGGACUCUCUACGAGAGCGAUUGCAAAGAAGACGGAAGGAUACAACUCAGCUCGCAGAGGCGUUGGGUACUGAUGCGACGGCGGCUCGGAGCGACAGUCCGGGACCAACCGCCCAGUGCACCUCGAAGGCCGAGGAAGAGGAGCGACCUCCGGACCCCGAGCUAGAGCAGAAAUUGCUGGGUUAUCUCUCCGAACUGUCCUCGCUACCAGUGGACUCUCUUGCCAUCACCGAUUACCUUAGCACGGCCGAGGCACCAGUAUCCCAUGGCAACAUCCAGAGUCUCCUCCUCAAGUUCUCUGCCCAGGAGCUCAUCGAGGUGCAUCAGGGCUUCACCGCCCUCGAUUUCCUCAACCGACAGAGGAGCCAAGCUGGCACCUCCUCCGCCGCUACCUCCUCUUCAUCCUCUUCCUCCGCCUCCACCUCUUCCUCAACCCCCUCCACCAUCGUCUCCUCUGUGGACUAUACCAAGCUGUGCGCCAUGCGGGGGGCCCUGUCUCAAAAGACGGCCACCAAGAGGAAAGGGGACGACAUCGUCCCGCCAAAGCGUCCGCCUGGCCCCGCCCCUUCCUCGCAGACGCCAGCGGUGGUGACGGCCCACGUGCCAGGGCCGUCUGAUUGGAAGGCGGGGGGCGGAGGGGGCGGUCCAGAGAAGAAGAGCAGGACCAGUAAAGGUCAGACGUCUCACCUGGACAUGGAGAUCGAGAGCCUUCUCAGCCAGCAGUCCACCAAGGAGCAACAGAGCAAGAAGGUGAGCAGGGAGAUCCUGGAGUUGCUCAACACCAGCUCGGCGAAGGAGCAGUCCAUCGUUGAGAAGUUUCGCUCACGCGGUCGGGCUCAGGUGCAGGAGUUCUGCGAUCACGGAACCAAAGAAGAGUGCACGCGCUCCGGAGACACGCCGCAUCCCUGCACCAAGCUGCACUUUAGGCGGAUCAUUAACAAACACACGGACGAGAGCCUGGGCGACUGCUCCUUCCUGAACACGUGCUUCCACAUGGACACGUGUAAGUACGUCCACUACGAGAUCGACAGCCCGCCCGAGAUGGACACGGGGGCCCUGGGCCCGCAGACGGCCGGAGCAGAGCUGGGGCUGCACGAAGGGGACGAGCAGAGCGACGUGGGCAAGCUCUUCCCCUCACAGUGGAUCUGCUGUGACAUCCGCUACCUGGACGUGUCCAUCUUGGGCAAGUUUGCCGUGGUGAUGGCCGACCCUCCAUGGGACAUCCACAUGGAGCUUCCGUACGGAACCCUGACCGACGACGAGAUGAGGAAGCUCAACAUUCCCGCCCUCCAGGACGACGGAUUUCUCUUCCUGUGGGUCACAGGCAGAGCCAUGGAGUUGGGCAGAGAGUGCCUCAGUCUAUGGGGCUAUGAGCGAGUCGAUGAGAUCAUCUGGGUGAAGACCAAUCAGCUGCAAAGAAUCAUUCGCACAGGGAGGACGGGGCACUGGCUCAACCACGGCAAAGAGCACUGUCUGGUGGGUGUCAAAGGAAACCCUCAGGGAUUCAACCGGGGAUUAGACUGUGAUGUCAUCGUGGCAGAGGUGCGCUCCACCAGUCAUAAACCUGAUGAGAUCUACGGGAUGAUAGAGCGGCUUUCGCCAGGAACCAGAAAAAUAGAGCUCUUCGGAAGACCUCACAAUGUACAGCCUAACUGGGUAACGCUUGGCAACCAGCUGGAUGGUAUUCAUUUGCUUGACCCGGAUGUUGUGGCUCGGUUCAAGAAGCGCUAUCCCGACGGAGUCAUCUCCAAACCUCAAAACAUGUAGCGGUCUUGCUCUGUGACCUUUCAACCGACAAACUAUGACCUUUUGAAGGAGUGACUGAAGAUGCAGACUAGUUUUCCUGGAAAAACAGGGAAGAACACUUUUUUUGUACUGAUUUCAGAAUUUGUAAUAAAACUGUAAAAAUUUCACUCUCA